AUGUUUGCGGUACACUUGAUGGCAUUUUACUGCAGCAAGCUAAAGGAGGAUCAGAUCAAGAAGGUGGACAGGUUCCUGUAUCACAUGCGGCUCUCCGAUGAGACCCUUUUGGACAUCAUGGCUCGCUUCCAGGCUGAAAUGCAGAAGGGUCUGGGGAAGGACACCAACCCCACAGCAUCUGUGAAGAUGCUGCCCACCUUUGUCAGAGCCAUUCCAGAUGGCUCAGAAAAUGGGGAAUUUCUUUCCCUGGAUCUUGGAGGGUCCAAGUUUCGUGUCUUGAAGGUGCAAGUCUCUGAAGAGGGGAAAAGAAAUGUCCAGAUGGAGAGUCAGUUCUAUCCAACACCCAACGAAAUUAUCCGAGGGAAUGGCUCAGAGCUGUUUGACUACGUAGCUGACUGUCUGGCAGAUUUCAUGAAGACGAAAGGGUUGAAGCAUAAGAAAUUGCCCCUUGGCCUAACGUUUUCUUUUCCCUGCAGACAGACUAAAUUGGAAGAGGGUAUCCUGCUUUCAUGGACCAAGAAGUUUAAGGCACGGGGAGUUCAAGGCACAGAUGUAGUGAGUUGUCUGACCAAAGCCAUAAAAAAACACAAGGACAUAGACGUGGACAUCCUGGCCUUGGUCAAUGACACCGUGGGGACCAUGAUGACGUGCGCCUAUGAUGAUCCUUACUGUGAAGUUGGUGUCAUCAUUGGCACUGGCACCAAUGCGUGUUACAUGGAGGACAUGAGCAACAUUGACCUGGUGGAAGGCGAUGAGGGGAGGAUGUGCAUCAACACGGAGUGGGGGGCCUUUGGGGACGACGGGGCUCUGGAGGACAUCCGCACCGAGUUCGACCGGGAGCUGGACCUUGGCUCUCUUAACCCCGGGAAGCAACUGUUUGAGAAGAUGAUCAGCGGCCUGUACCUGGGUGAACUUGUCAGGAUCAUCUUGCUGAAGAUGGCCAAGGCAGGUCUCCUGUUCGGUGGUGAAAAAUCUUCUGCUCUCCACACUAAGGGCAAGAUUGAAACACGGCACGUGGCUGCCAUGGAGAAGUAUAAGGAAGGCCUUGCCAAUACAAGAGAGAUCCUGACAGAUCUGGGCCUGGAGCCUUCGGAGGCUGACUGCAUCGCAGUCCAGCACGUCUGCACCAUUGUCUCCUUCCGUUCAGCCAACCUCUGUGCAGCUGCCCUGGCAGCCAUCCUGACACGCCUCCGGGAGAACAAGAAGCUGGCGCGGCUCCGGACCACGGUGGGCAUGGAUGGCACGCUCUACAAGAUACACCCUCAAUACCCAAAGCGCCUGCACAAGGUGGUGAGGAGACUGGUCCCGAACUGUGAUGUUCGCUUCCUCUUGUCGGAGAGUGGCAGCACCAAGGGGGCUGCCAUGGUGACCGCGGUGGCCUCCCGUGUGCAGGCCCAACGGAAGCAGAUCGACAAGGUGCUGGCUUUGUUCCGGCUGACUCGAGAGCAGCUUAUGGAUGUGCAGAGCAAGAUGCGGACUGAGUUCGAGUAUGGGCUGAAAAAGGACACCCACCUGAUGGCCACAGUCAAGAUGCUGCCCACCUACGUCUGCGGGACGCCGGAUGGCACAGAGAAAGGGAAGUUCCUUGCCCUGGAUCUGGGGGGAACCAACUUCCGGGUCCUCCUGGUAAAGAUCAGAAGUGGACGGAGGUCGGUGCAAAUGUACAACAAGAUCUUUACCAUCCCCUUGGAGAUCAUGCAGGGCACCGGCGAGGAGUUGUUCGACCACAUCGUGCAGUGCAUCGCUGACUUCCUGGACUACAUGGGCCUCAAGGGAGCCCAGCUGCCUUUGGGCUUCACGUUCUCAUUUCCCUGCAGGCAGACGAGCAUUGACAAGGGAACACUCAUUGAGUGGACCAAAGGCUUCAAGGCCACUGAUUGUGAAGGGGAAGACAUGGUGGACAUGCUCAGGGAAGCCAUCAAGAGGAGAAAUGAGUUUGACCUGGACAUAGUUGCACUUGUAAAUGACACAGUGGGGACCAUGAUGACGUGUGGCCAUGAAGAUCCUAAUUGUGAGAUUGGCCUGAUUGCAGGAACAGGCAGCAACAUGUGCUACAUGGAGGAGAUGAGGAACAUUGAACUGGUGGAAGGGGAUGAAGGGAAGAUGUGCAUUAACACAGAAUGGGGAGCAUUUGGAGAUAAUGGCUGCAUAGACGACAUCUGGACCCAAUAUGACAAGAAGGUGAAUGAGGGGUCCUUGAACCCUGGCAAACAGAGAUACGAGAAAAUGACCAGUGGGAUGUACCUGGGGGAGAUUGUGCGGCAGAUCCUGAUUGACCUGACCAAGCAGGGUCUCCUCUUCCGAGGGCAGAUUUCAGAGCGUCUCCAGACCAGGGGCAUCUUUGAAACCAAGUUCCUGUCCCAGAUUGAAAGCGAUCGGCUGGCCCUCCUCCAGGUCAGGAGGAUCCUGCAGCAGCUCGGCCUGGACAGCACGUGUGAGGACAGCAUUGUGGUGAAGGAGGUGUGCGGAGCUGUGUCCCGGCGGGCAGCCCAGCUCUAUGGCGCCGGCCUAGCUGCUGUCGUGGAGAAGAGGAGGCAAGACCAGGGGCUGGAGUACCUGAAGAUCACCGUGGGAGUGGACGGCACCCUGUACAAGCUACACCCGCACUUUUCUCGGAUAUUGCAGGAAACUGUGAAAGAACUAGCACCUCGUUGUGAUGUGACGUUCAUGCUGUCCGAAGAUGGGAGUGGAAAGGGAGCCGCUCUGAUCACUGCUGUGGCCAAGAGGUUACAGCAGGCCCAGAAGGAGGACUAGGAACCCCCUUGGGCUUGGGCCCCAUGUGCCUUGGAUACUGGCUGGCCUUUCCUCCAGCAGAUGCGUUGGUCAGGAACCAGAGGCAAGCUUCUAGCUGACUUCACAUUCUGGAUGGCCAAAAGAGAAUCCCGGGUUCUCGGGUACUCCUAGCAUUUGGUUACUUGGUGUUAUUUUCAGGGGCAUUAAAUGACAUUUCUGAUUCGCAUAUUUGGGCCAAGGAUGGGCCAACUUAUAAAAUCAAAGCAUUUGGGCCUGAGAGAUCCCCUUUUAGCAAAUUUUCAGUUGAGGCUGGAGCUGCUAGUUUUCUAGGGCUUUGGGUCCUGUGGCUGUUGCCCACACGGCCUGGCUGGCUGGCUCCCCACUGUGGUGCUUCAGCCAUUGCUUGUAGUCGAUCGGGUCCUCACUUGGGGAUGCACAUUUGAGAAGGAUGGGGAUUCAUGUAAUAAACUGGAGAUCUAAUCUAACUUGUCCUUAACUCAUCAUGCUGACUUGGAACACGGAAAGAGAAUAAAGACUUGGGAGUAUCAGCCCCAGGAUGAAGAAGGGUUGGUUGCCAGGCAGCCCUGCAGGAAUCUUUUCAUGCUUAAAGUGAGUUAUGUCAGCACCUGUAAGACUGCGUUUCUCAAUAUUGCAUGUGUGAUGGGGAGGGGUGCCAUUUGGGGCACCUGUUUUCAUUUUACAUGUGGUUUGUGUUGCUACUGUGGGUCGUUGUGUUAAGGACUGUUAGAUAUGUGGAAUCCAGUAAAUGAAUAAAAAAUAUUUGAUUUCCUAAG